AGCUUUCUCCGUGGUUAAAUAAACUGUUAUCAACGAUACCUACGCCAGAUUUAUAACACCAAUUUACCAAAUAUAGAGUGAUACCACGAAUACAUCGACUAAUUGAUUAGUAAUUAUCUACUGAAAAGAUUGUAAUUUGGAGUAGUUCAUAACCCAGCCAUAAGUGUCAACACUUUGUAAAAACAAGUUUAAAGGGGAUGGACUUGUGAUAAAACAAACAUCGGAUCACACAACUUCUCACUCCAACACUGAACACAGCACAAGAUGGACUUCUUAUAUUGGAUAGUGAUUAUCAGCGUAACCAGUAUUUGCAGCGCUGUUAGUACAAGUACUAAUGACACAGACCUUUUAACAGAUUCAAAAAAUGAAUCGUCGUGCUGUGAAAAUGGUGGAAUCUGUAUCCUGGGCAGUUUUUGUAUAUGUCCCAAGUUUUUCGACGGAUGGUUAUGCCCGCAUAAAACAAAAUACAGGAGUUGUAACUACGUCCCCCAUGGGUAUUGGAUCCGCUCCGAUUGUAACCUAUGCCGUUGUUUCGACGGCAGGGUCGCCUGCAUCCCUAAAUAUUACUUUGGUUGUGAGGACGACGACGAGCCACUUGACCCAACUAAACCUGUCGAUCCAUUCAGCGGCAAGAUCAUUACCACAUAUGCAACAGACCCGGAUGUUCCUCAGAUCCCUACCCCGCCAGCAGCCAGCAGUGGAAAUGAAUUCUAUUACGAUGACUAUUAUUACAGCGACACGAAUGCGGGAAGUGCCAGUUGUCCUCAAGUCUCGCUGAUUCUCAUCAUUUGUUUCUUGUCCAUCAGAUUUUUAUGACGUAUGCAGUAAUCAAUGACGUACAGUGCACGCGGGCUUAUUAUUGGUGCUUCAAACAUAGCAAUAGUAUGAAUGUACGUGUAAGUGUGGGUGCGAUUGUUCAUAUGUAUGUGUCAACAUACUGUGUUAUAGUCUUUGAAAACGAUCUGAGCGCUUUCAAAUUGUCUACUCAACAUGAAAUGCUAAGACAUUGUGAAUGUAAAUACCGAAUUUAUUUAAUGAAAUUAUAUUACUUUG